AGCCUUCCCGGCUCCCGUCGGAGGGAAGCCGUCCUGGCUCCGGGGCGGGCUCGGCCUCGUCGGGGGCUCCGGUGCGGGAAUGGCUUUCUUUCUGAUGUGGGCCAACCUGCUUCUACUUCUUCACGGUGCAGUGUCCACAGAAGAGGUUCGGGCCCACCCAUUCACUGAUGUGACCCUGGACUGCGAGUUCUCCUUUAUAGAAAGCACAGAAAACCUUGAGUUUUACUGGGAGAGAGAAGACAUAAUAGAGGAAUAUGAGGUGGAAGACCGUGACUUUUAUCGCUUUUUUAGGUACUAUGACUUCUUUCAAGUGUUCACAAAGGUGGUUUACCAGUUUUACGAUAAUGCGGAGCAACUUGAAGAGCAGAAUGCCUUGUAUGAGGGAAGAGUCUCUGUGGAUCAGAGUGAAAUCUCGGAGGGGAUUCUGUCCCUUCUGCUACGAAACGUGGACUUCAUGGACGAAGCUUUGUACAAGUGCUCAGCCGUCGCCCCCAACGGUAGAGGGGAGAGUACCGUCAAGCUCAUAGUGGAAGAUUCUGAAAUGCCCCAGGUGAAGUUUGAGAAGAUUGAUGAAGAAGAUGUGGUCACAUGCACGUCCAAGGGCUGGUAUCUCACCCCCAACGUGACCUGGUUAGACCGGGGAGAAAGGGACCUUAGCAACCACAGCACAGUGGAGGUCCUGGAGGAGCAGAUGAAUGGCUUGUACAGAGUGUACUCCGUCCUCAGAUACCCAGUCAAGUUAAAUGAAAAGUAUGUCUGCCACAUUACAGAGACCAAUGAAAACAACCGGCCCAUCAGAUCCAUCCGGCGGUACCCAAGUAAGUGGAGCUCCCAGGGGGAGAGUGACAUCGGACCGCUCUUCACCACACAGAAGCCACCACUCAUUAAUAUUUACUGAACGCCAAAUGUAGCAGGCACUUCGGAGCACUUUGGGGAUUUAAAGAUGCGUCAGGAACAGGAGCUUGUAGCCUGGGGUCAGAAACGGGAGUGAGAUGAAGUCUCCCUGGGUUUGAAAGAAGACUAGGCUUGGGGAGAUGACAGCUGUUGUCCAGACAGAGAUGGCUGCUCCUCCCAAUGAGGCUCCUGUUCCUCUGCUUCCUGGGGUGACAGGCUGAGCGGUCAUCGCAGCCAUCUGUGGGCUGCUUACCAUGUGCCUGGAACUUUACAUAUGUGCUGUGUGUGUGUCCAUGUGUUGCUGGAGGGUUUCU